AGAGCAACAAUACUGUCUGCAGGAACGCUGAUGGAAACGCACCUGACCAUAAACCCUUGUCCAGAAAAUUCCGUGCAAUGAAGCAGCACAGACCAGCUGCAGGUGCCUUUGCUUACCUUUUAACUUAAUCCGAAGAGCAAAGAAUAAAUAAUGAACUUGACAGACUCUGUUUGGCUCUUGGAAGAGCCCUGGAACCUUAGCCGUGUGGAGGAGGAGGACGAGAAACUUUUAUUCGGGAUCGGCACGGAUAAUUUCAUCACGCUUCUGGUUUUCGGGCUCAUCUUUACGCUCGGCGUGCUAGGCAACUCCAUGGUGAUCACCGUGCUGGCCCGGAGCAAACCGGGAAAACCUCGAAGCACCACCAACAUAUUCAUCCUGAACCUAAGCAUAGCAGACCUGUCUUACUUGCUCUUCUGCAUCCCUUUCCAGUCCACUAUCUACAUGAUGCCCACUUGGGUGCUCGGUGCGUUUAUUUGCAAAUUUAUCCACUACUUCUUCACUGUUUCUAUGCUGGUCAGCAUCUUCACCCUGUCCGCUAUGUCAGUGGACCGAUACAUUGCCAUCGUUCACUCCAGAAAGUCGUCCUCUAUUCGGGUGGCGAAGCACGCUCUUAUUGGUGUGGUGGUGAUUUGGAUACUCUCCCUGGCCAUGGCUGCGCCUAUCAUGUAUUACCAGAAUAUUUUUCAGAGAGGGGAAAAUCACACCUUUUGCUGGGAAGUGUGGCCGGAUCAGAACCAGAAGAAGAUCUAUGUGGUUUGCACGUUUAUCUUUGGUUAUGUGCUGCCUCUGCUGCUUAUUUCUUUCUGUUAUGCAAAGGUGUUAAAUCACUUGCACAAAAAACUAAGAAAUAUGUCCAAAAAGUCAGAGGCAUCAAAGAAAAAGACUGCUCAGACGGUGCUUGUGGUGGUGGUGGUGUUCUGCCUGUCGUGGCUCCCUCAUCAUGUAGUUCACCUCUGGGUGGAGUUUGGGACCUUCCCACUAAACCAAGCCUCCUUUGUAUUGCGGGUGGCUGCACACUGCCUGGCGUACAGCAAUUCAUCAGUCAACCCGGUCAUCUAUGCCUUCCUGUCCGAGAACUUCAGAAAGGCCUAUAAGCAGGUGUUUAAAUGCCAGAUUGGAACCAGUGACUCCCCGCUCAAUGACAUCAAGGACAUUCGUAGCAAAGCGGAUACGCCGCCCUCAACUAACUGCACAAAUGUUUGACUUACAGCUGCCACACCCAAAGUCAUUGCAAGUCAUCAGAUAUGAGUGGGUGUGUGUUUUUGAUGAAGGUACUUAUGGCCGCAUGGAUAUCGCUAAAGCUGUAAUAUUCCACAUAAGCGCUGUUAAUUUCACCUGGACUAGAGGGGAUAAGGCACCAGUGGCUGCAGGACACGAUUACUCCCUCUUUGAUCUGGCUGUGAUUGCUACUGUACAUGUCAUCACUGAUGGAAAAAAAACCCGUCUGAAACUGAGAAAAAGUCAUCCUUCUUCGACAGUGACCUAGAAAGUGUAGAAAGUGAGUUUAUUCAAAUCAAUGAAUUUAAAACUCUGCAUGAGGAAAAGAAAAACAAUAUUGGUGCAGGUCCAAUAAGUGGAAAUUUUUCAUAAAAAAAUAAGAGUUGCAUUAAAAGAAGCAACACAUAUAUACCUGUAUUCAGUCUGUUUAAAAAAAUAAAUAAAUACUUGUAUGAUUUUGCAGGAUUUGGAUUAUUCAAUGAAGAAGUAGUAAAGGAUCACAAAAUUCAUGCAUCUGAUCCAGUGGUUGUUUUGCCAUCUUAUUAGAACAAGAUGGCAGGUCAUUGCCAGUUUUCUGAUGUUGAUUUUGUUUCUUUAGUGAUGAAAGAGGUAUAGGAUAACAUGCUAGCUGAGCUAGCUUGAAUGAGCUCGUCUUAGCUAGCUGUUUCUAAAACAGGUGGCUGCUAGCUACAUCCAAAACUGUUUCUACAAAUUACAUGUCAUAAACUAGACACAUUUAAGCCCAGUUUACGUGUUGCUAACUACUUUUAGCUUGGUAUGCUAAUGCUAACCCUGAAAACCUGGACAGUGAAAGCAAACAAUGGUUUUACCAAGACAGGAGUGUGAUUAUGGCGCAAUAACUCUAAAAAGCUACUCUUUUGUUUCAUAAAAAGAGUCUAGGAUAUGAAGGUCUUUAAUAGUCCUAAUGUGCUUGUGAAUUCUAGGUAAAUUAGUACUACUUUCAAGUUGAAAACAUGGCUGACUGAACAACCAAAAAUGCAAUUUUUUAAAAGAUUAGCAAGCAUGACUCACUAAUAUCAUGGAAACAUACAAUUUUGUUUCAAGUUAAGUUGAAUGAAAGUUGGCUAAUAUUUAACUCUGUAGUGGAUAACUUUUCUUUAUUUUGUCUGUUGUUACAGACACCAGGUUGAGAAUUAAAACCAGUGCCAAAACUAGUUUACUAGGAAACUAUAGGUGCCUAUAGACUAAAUCAGCAUUGUCUGAACUUGUUUGGCAAUGGCUUGAUUGUAAUCCCCGUGGUCCAUCUUUAGGGUUUAAGAGCCUAUUUUGAAUUGAUUGAACUAUCAAACAUGCUUUAUAGUCAUCUUAAAGCAAAUUUCAUACGACUACAGACAAUAUUUUUGUGUAAUUGACCUCUGGAGUUUGUGGUCAGUAUCACAGCCAUCUGUUUGUGGGUGGCAAAUAGUCUGCUGUACCUCCCAUUGAGGAAAAAAUAUGAACGACUGGAACUAA